UCAAGGAACAUGCUGGCCGCCGGACACGAGACCACAGCCUCGCAGUUGUGUCUCAUUACUCGCAUACUUGCGCUCAAACACUGGUAUCAAACAAAACUGGUUCACGAGAUUCAUAACACACUGUAUACUAAGGAUACCAAUGAGUUGUCUAUGGAUUACGACAAACUGCAAAAAAUGCCAUUUUUGGACGCAUUUAUCAAAGAAGUGAUGCGAAUUAACUGUUCGAUCACCCGAAUUGAGAGACACCCUACUAUUGACACUCAUUUAGAGGGCAUUUAUUUGCCUAAAGGCACACCUAUUAUAAUACCCAUUUGGGCACUACAUUUAGACCCUGACAACUUUUCGGAUCCUUUAGAGUUUAAGCCGGAGCGUUUUCUACCCGAAAAUCUAGAUAACAUAAAACCGUAUACAUACCUACCCUUCUCUACCGGUCCGCGCAAUUGCAUUGGUUUGCGAUUCGCGAUAUUAGAGCUCAAGUAUACGUUAGUUAAGUUGUUGUGUAGGUAUGAGUUUGUGCCGUGCAAUGAGACCAAGAUAUUUGGUACAGGUAAACCUCUACCGGAUACCAACGAGUCCAUCACUGCCUAUUGCAAUAAACUCGGUUACAUAAAAGAAUCAUCAAACAAAUUGGCGGUCGAGUUGCAAGGUAAAAUAAACAUUGACCUGUCGUUAAAGCCGGCAGUGCGCGAGAUCUUACUGACAGCGGCUAAGCCCGAGUUCUACGAGCGGUUUAUGAUUCUGUGCAAAAUGGACAGAAUGCAGGCCAUCAAAGUGAUCAAGGGCGUCAAUCAGCACAUGCGCGCGACUAAGGCUAUCAAAUGGGAUGCUAUCGGACACAUGUUGGAAGCGUUGGAACCCAAUUCAAAAAUGACCCUUGCACAUAUUUUGUGCAUAGCCCGUACUUACAUCACGGUAACAAUCAGAAUACACGAUGAUAUAGAUGGUGUACAAGAAUACGUGCGCAAUAGACUGAGCUAUUUCUUGCAUGAUGUGGAAAAGGCCGAACAAUUGACCAAGGUGAACGCCGAAUGGGAAUGCGACUUUCACGAGUAUAAAAAGAAUGAGCUACCCUACGAAUCAUUUUCCUACGUGUUUGUCAAAGUGCUCGAAAAAUUAAUCCAAUAA